CCAAUUUUUUCCAUGGAGAAGGAGAAAAACCAUUCAAAGCCUCAUGCUAUAAUGUUUCCCCUCACUUACCAAGGCCAUGUGACCCCAUCUAUCCAUCUAGCCAUGAAACUAGCAUCAAAGGGCUUCGCAAUCACCUUUGUCAACACAGAAUUCAUCCACCACCAAUUAACCAAAUCACAACCCAAUAGCACCUCCGCCGCUGCCAUCGAAGACGACAUCUUCACCGGAGCCCGUGAGUCGGGCCUUGACAUACGCUACAAGACGAUGACCGACGGUUUUCCAUUGGAUUUCAACAGAAUUUUAAAUCCGCAAUUCGUUGCGCUAAACUUUCUAAGCCUCCCUGUCCAUGUGGAUGAGCUUGUUGGAAAUUUAGUUAAUUCUGAUCCAUCAAUUUCUUGCUUAAUUGCGGAUACUUUCUACACAUGGGCAUCACAUAUAGCCCACAAGUAUAAGCUUGUCAACAUUUCUUUUUGGACCCAACCGGCUUUGGUGUUCAACAUAUACUACCACAUGGAACUCCUCAUUACUAAUAGUCAUUUUCCUCCACAAG